AAGAUGUGGUUAGUAUUCCACCAUGUAAAUGUCUUAAAGUGCGGGAUUUUCAAAUAGAAUAAAAAACUGCAAAAUCAAUAUCUGAUCAACUAAGCAGUGCAGUUGGAAUUUGCAGACGAAAACGCUGCAUAGUGAUUCAGAAUGAGAAAAUGGCUACCAGCCACAAACCAAGUCGAUUUAAUUUAAAAACUCUUGAUUAUUAUAAAUUUAGAAAGUUAGUAAUUGAUGGAAACAGAGAUGAUUUCAAUCAGUGUUCAGAAGAAAUUCAAAAAUUAUGUAAUGACGUACAAAUGCUAUCGUCCCGAAAUAUUCAUUUCGACGAAAAGGAAGAUAAGGAGAGAUUACAGUAUGUUUACAAUACUUAUAAAGAGAUGUUAACUGCUAAAAGGUUGGACCCAAUGGAUGUCAAAUUGAAAAGUGGCUGGUGGGGAGAACAAAAAGGUAUGUCAGUAGGAAGAGCAAAAAUGGCUAAUUUACGAUCGAGGAUAGUUGAUAAGGUUUCAAAGACAACAAAUGCUGAUAAUUUAGAUGUCCCUGGUAUUUUUGUAAUUAAGCACAAGACUAAGGCUUGUUGGCAAUUAGUAGAAGUUGCUCCUUCAAGUGUUCUCUCACAAUGUUCAAGUCGGAUUAAGACGGCUUUUGAAGGAAGCUCUGAGGAUCACCUCUCUACUCUAAUUGCUAUUUCUACCUGCACAGACUGGACCAUUAAAGUUCGCACAGCUAUUCCUGGUGAUCCUUUGUCGCUUUUAAGCAUUAUACAAAAUGAUUGCAUUUUACAAGAAGAUAGUUUAUGGCCUAAUGGCUUAAAUACUAGACUUACUAUUCAAAGUGAGUUGGAAUUAAAAGAAUUUCGAAAGUCUGCUCAAAGGUAUAAUUGGCCUUCAAAAAAAGACGUUGGACCCUUAGAUAUACAAGAAUUGAGACGAAGUCUGUUAGUGAUUACUAGUGAUCCAGAUGAAAAUGAAAGACCAAUAACUCCUCCUACCGAGCCGGCAAAUUCUGACGAUUCUGGUGGAACUUUUGUUAUUUCAUCAUCAAAGUCAGAUUCAUCGACGAAAACUUAUGUUGUAAAAUCACAACAGAAAAGUGACAAAGCUGACUCGAAGAAACGCGCAUCGCCCCGCCCAAAAAAAUUUUAGGAACUUUCAUUAUUCACCUUAUUUGACUUAAUUAAUUUGAAUAUGCUUUAUUUUUUUGUUUAGCUAUUUUUUAAUCCUUGAAUUGGUAUUAUCUUGUUCAUUGAAGACGAAAAUACACUGCUUCUAGUUGAAUUAAAAAAAA